GAAGGGCACACAUUUGUCUACGGUCGGCUCCCUGGUUGGUGACCGUAGCACCUGAAGGCGCUGAUGGCUGCCGCUUGCUGUGUGAGGACCGUGUUCCGGCCAGCCAUUCUCAGCUUUGCUUGGGAGGUUUCGCUUUGCUGUGGGAGCCCACGAAGGAGCUUCAUACUACAACACAGUUAUCCUCUCUCCUCCAAAUACGGUGGGCGGCACACCGUGACCAUGAUUCCCGGCCACGGCAUCGGGCCAGAGCUGAUGAUGCACGUCAAGAACGUGUUCAGGUAUCUGAGAGUGCCUGUGGACUUCGAGGAAGUGAUGGUCCGCUCCAGUAUUUCCGAAGAGGACGUGUACAACACCGUCAUCGCGGUCUGCCGGAACCGCGUGGCCCUCAAGGGCAACAUCGAAACCAACCACAACCUGCCCCCUUCCCACAAAUCCUUCAACAACGUGCUUCGCACCACCCUGGAUCUCUUCGCCAACGUCAGCCAUUUUAAGAGUCUUCCAUGCGUGGAGACCCGACACAAGAACAUAGACAUCCUGGUGAUCCGGGAAAACACAGAGGGCGAGUACAGCAACCUGGAGCACCAGAGUGCGAAAGGAGUGAUCGAGAGCCUCAAGAUAAUCACAAGGACCAGGUCUUUGCGCAUCGCUGAGUACGCCUUCCAGCUGGCCCAGAAGCUGGGACGCAAGAAAGUCACAGCCGUGCACAAGGCCAACAUCAUGAAGCUGGGAGACGGCCUCUUCCUGCAGUGCUGUAGGGACGUGGCAUCCAGUUACCCCCAGAUCUCCUUCGAAGGGAUGAUUGUGGAUAAUACCACCAUGCAGCUGGUCUGCAAGCCCCAGCAGUUCGAUGUCAUGGUGAUGCCUAACCUUUAUGGAAACAUUGUCAACAAUGUCUGUACGGGCUUAGUUGGUGGCGCAGGGCUGGUGCCAAGUGCCAACUACGGCCACAAGUAUGCAGUGUUUGAAACAGCGGCACGGCAGUCAGGCAAGAAAAUAGCCAAUAAGAACAUGGCCAACCCUACAGCCAUGCUGCUGGCCAGCUGCAUCAUGCUGGAUUACCUCAAGCUCCACUCCCAUGCCAACAUCAUCCGUGAUGCUGUCUUGACAGCCAUGGAUAACAAACAUUUGCAUACCCCAGACAUCGGAGGCCAGGCGACCUCAUUGGACGUCAUCCAGCAUGUCAUGAACCACAUCGAUAGAGUCACUUAAAUGGCCUGUGUCUUAGGGCAUGUGUUCUCCAAAGUCCAUCCCCUUCCCCCCUUACCCUCCCCCAACUAACUCAGAAACCCCAGCCAACCUGGCUAAAAUGGACUCUAGAAUACAGAAACCAACUCCUGCUUCGUCCAGUUCAGAAGAGGCAGAGGGGUGGAGGGAAUCUGAUUAAGUUAAAUUAAAAUGCCCCCAAAUGCUGUC